AUGAAUAUUGUUGAGGAUUAUGUUGCUGUUGUUUUUGCUGGAGGGAGGGGUAAUCGAAUGUUGUCUAUUACUGAACAUAUUCCUAAACAUUUGUUGCCAAUAAUUAAUAUUCCAUUGUUUUGGUUCCCUCUCAAUUUGCUUCAAAGAAAUGGAUUUAAAGAAUGCCUUCUAAUCGUUCCAAAAACAAAAAGUGCUUUUGUAAAUAAAUUACUUUCUGAUGGAAGUUUACCAAGUCUUGAUCAACUUAAAGUCACAAUUUCAUCUUUUGAUGAUGAGGAAGAAGGAGCUGAAGAAUUUGGCACAGCUGAUAAGAAAAACAUUUUAAUUGUAAGUGGAGAUUUAAUUACCGAUCUGACAUUGGAAGAAAUGCUUAAAUUUCAUGAAAAAGAAAAUUCAGUUUUAACAUGUCUUUUGACUGAUUCUCCACUUUCUGGUCCAAUACCUGGAACUAAUGAAAGGCCUAAAAAAUAUAGGGAUUUUGUUUUGUUCUCUCCAGAAACUAAUCAAUUACUUUAUCUUAUUGACGAAGAUGAUUUUGGCGAUGACGAGAAGUUCCCUGCUUCUCUUUUUAAAAGCUCUCCACAUAUCCAAACGAGUGCCAAAUAUAAAGAUAUACAUUUAUAUGCCAUUAAAAGAGAUGCUUUAAAUUCUUUAAAAAAUUCAAAGUAUUUUUUAAUUAAUUAA